CCGCCAUGUCCCCCGCCUCGCUCGGCCGCCUCUGCCUCCUGCUGCUCUGCGUGGGCGGCCAGGCCGCCGCCGGGAGGGACUUCUACAAGAUCCUGGGGGUGUCCCGCGGCGCCUCCGUGAAGGACAUCAAGAAGGCCUACCGCAAACUGGCGCUGCAGCUGCACCCCGACCGCAACCCCGACGACCCCCGCGCGCAGGAGAGGUUCCAGGACCUGGGUGCUGCCUACGAGGUGCUGUCAGACGAGGAGAAGAGGAAGCAGUACGAUGCGUACGGUGAAGAGGGGCUGAAAGACGGGCACCAGAGCUCCCAUGGAGACAUCUUCUCGCACUUUUUUGGGGACUUUGGAUUCAUGUUUGGAGGGAAUCCUCGCCAGCAAGACAGAAACAUUCCCCGAGGAAGCGACAUCAUCGUGGACCUGGAAGUUACCUUGGAGGAGGUUUAUUCAGGAAACUUUGUGGAAGUUGUUCGAAACAAGCCCGUGGCAAGACAGGCACCUGGCAAGCGGAAAUGCAAUUGUCGGCAGGAGAUGAGAACCACCCAGCUGGGCCCUGGCCGUUUCCAGAUGACUCAAGAAGUAGUUUGUGAUGAAUGUCCCAAUGUCAAGCUUGUGAAUGAAGAGCGGACGCUAGAAGUGGAGAUAGAGCCUGGUGUGAGAGACGGAAUGGAGUAUCCCUUCAUCGGGGAAGGCGAACCUCAUGUGGAUGGAGAGCCAGGUGAUCUGCGCUUCCGAAUAAAAGUUCUUAAGCAUCCAGUCUUUGAAAGAAGAGGGGAUGAUCUGUAUACAAAUGUGACAGUCUCGCUGGUCGAGGCACUUACAGGCUUUGAAAUGGAUAUUGCCCACUUGGAUGGGCACAAGGUUCACAUUGCUCGAGACAAAAUUACAAAACCUGGGGCCAAGGUGUGGAAGAAAGGAGAGGGCCUUCCAAAUUUUGAUAACAACAACAUCAAAGGCUCAUUAAUAAUAACAUUUGACGUGGAGUUCCCCAAAGAGCAGCUGACAAACGAACAGCGGGAAGGUCUCAAACAGCUAUUGAAGCAAGGAUCAGCGCAGAAGGUGUACAAUGGAUUGCAGGGAUAUUAGUUUGGGGGAAAAAAAAGGACUUAAUUGUGAAAUGAAAAGUCAGGUUUGUCUGAAGUCUGUUCUGCCCAUUGUAGAAUGAGAAAGAGGGAGGGGGGAGCAAUUGUUGAGGUAUAUAUAAUUUUUUUUU